UUAAAUUUUUGUAUAAAGUAAAAUCGAUGUGUGACAUUUUAGAUCACGAUGAAUUACGAUCUAAUUCACGAUAUUCGGUUGUUCGAACGUGUAAUUCUUGAUGAAAACAAGCGCCUCUCUCCGGAGCACCCUUCAGUUGUUAGUUUGGAAUACGGCCCUGCUGCAGCCACUUACGCGGCGGUAAUAACUCUACGUUGUCGCACCGAACUUAGUUACUCGACGAGUGUCGGCAGGAGUGAGUGUUUCACGCGUUCCAAAUAGCUAUAUGCGCUUUUUCAUUUUCUCACCGAAGAUUUCGAGUUUGUCAAGAAGACAAGAAACACGUAUUUUUCAUGUAGUUUUAUACGCGUAGAAAUAUUACCUGUACAUUUGCUGAUUACACGUACAUAUAUUUUUUUAUUUCUGGUUUCUUCUUUAUUUGUAUUUUCCCUACAAACCAGAAAAAACAUUGUAUCAGGUGAUAGCAUCAUACUUUGAAAGGACAUUUAAAGAGGCGCGCGCGCCCGACGAAUGUGUAUUUCGUUUACUUCGGUUGGCAGGACUGUUCGGAAAAUUCGGAAAGUGAACAGGUGUUUUUUGAAUGGAUUAGCGAGAGAGAGAGUGGGCAAAAAGGAUGCGUAAGGAUUCGGUGAAUGGUGAACGAUCGGCGAAUUAAAGGAAAUUUACAAAUGAUCGAGGCUCUGAAAGAUGUGCAUGAAUAUGGAUUUAUAUUCGAGUUACUAAUCAAAAUGAGGUGAGUCCUAGGAACGUAACCUCAGUCCUAUAUGAGCGGUAUGUGCUUGUAACCUCGCAAAGCAAAAAGGAGUUUUUAUUGUUCACAGAUAAGAGGAUCUUGGAAGGGUAAAAUAUGCAAAGGAAAUGAGGAUAUAGUUAGCCACAACGGCAAAGAAUUGCAUAAUCUUGAAGAUAGAAUUAAAAUUUAAAUAUGCCACAUCAAUUUGGAUUGCCCACAAUGGCUCAUGGCAUGCAGUCUCCUCCAUCACCGACUUCAGUCAUGUCGGUGUAUCCUCGCUAUGGCUCAGGCAUGUAUAGAUCUGAUCAUCAAGACCAGAGACUUACUCGUGAAGCAAUGGAACGUUACCUACGUGAUCGAAGUGACAUGGUGAUUGUAAUUCUGCAUGCUAAGGUAGCACAAAAAUCAUAUGGUAAUGAAAAGAGAUUUUUUUGUCCUCCACCGUGCAUUUAUUUAUUUGGUGAUGGUUGGAGAAUGCGACAAGAACAGAUGCUUCGUGAAGGUGAAAGUGAACAGUCAGCUCAACUUUGUGCUUUCAUUGGAAUUGGCAAUUCUGAUCAAGAUAUGCAACAACUUGAUCUCAAUAAUGGAAAACAAUAUUGUGCAGCAAAAACAUUAUAUAUUUCAGAUUCUGACAAAAGAAAGCAUUUUAUGCUCUCUGUAAAAAUGUUUUAUGGAAGUGGACAUGACAUUGGUGUAUUUCACAGUAAAAGAAUAAAAGUAAUUUCAAAACCUUCUAAGAAAAAACAAUCUUUAAAAAAUGCAGAUUUAUGUAUUGCAAGUGGUACAAGAGUAGCACUUUUUAAUCGCUUAAGAUCACAGACUGUUAGUACACGUUAUCUCCAUGUAGAAAAUGGUAACUUUCAUGCAAGUUCCACACAGUGGGGUGCAUUUACAAUUCAUUUAUUAGAUGAUAAUGAAAGUGAGUCUGAAGAAUUUCAAGUGCGUGAUGGAUAUGUUCAUUAUGGCAGUACAGUGAAGUUAGUAUGCUCAGUCACAGGGAUGGCAUUACCACGAUUAGUAAUUCGUAAGGUUGAUAAGCAAAUGGCCAGUCUUGAAGCAGAUGAUCCAGUAUCACAGCUGCAUAAAUGCGCCUUCUAUAUGAAAGAUACGGAUCAUAUGUAUCUUUGUCUUUCUCAAGAACGUAUUAUACAAUUCCAAGCAACGCCGUGUCCUAAAGAAGCAAAUAAAGAAAUGAUAAAUGAUGGUGCUUGCUGGACGAUAAUCAGUACAGAUAAAGCAGAAUAUCAGUUUUUUGAAGGCAUGGGACCAGUAAGAUCACCUGUAACACCCGUACCGCUUGUUCAUAGUCUUCACUUAAAUGGUGGUGGAGAUGUUGCCAUGCUCGAAUUAACUGGUGACAAUUUUACUCCUAAUCUUCAAGUAUGGUUCGGAGAUGUUGAGGCAGAGACAAUGUAUAGAUGUCAAGAAAGUAUGUUAUGUGUUGUACCUGAUAUAUCACUCUUUAGAGGAGAAUGGUUGUGGGUACGGCAGCCUACACAAGUUCCAGUUUCUUUAGUGCGAAAUGAUGGAAUCAUUUAUGCAACUGGUCUAACAUUUACUUACACUCCUGAGCCUGGUCCACGCCCACAUUGUCCACCUGCAGACGAAAUAAUGAGAGCUCCACGUGCCAUGCACAAUCAAGCUAGUAUGUCAUCAGCAAUAGCUGAUGUACCAUGGAAUACGCAUCAACCUCCGCAAUCAGGCCUCUGAUGUUCUCUAGAUAAUUAUAAUAUGAACCAAAGUCUAAAACAUAGUGAUACAAAUGAUGUUCCAUUUGCAUCUGUUGACAAUAUUGAGGGUACUAGUGGUAGUAUCUACAUCAUGAAGAUGUUAUCGGUGGAAGUCAAUAGCGCUGCACGAAAUUUAGACAGUAUAAAAACGUAACAUUUAGCUCACCUUGUAAAAGGUGCGCAAAAUAUGUACAAUACCGUGCAUUAUUUACAUAUUAAUAUAUGGACAUAUAAGUUGUUGAUAAAAAUUUACAGAGAUAAUAAUUUAUAGCAAUCUUAGAUAUAAGAAAUUACAUGAUAAAAAUGUGAAUAAUUAGUGAAUUAUGCAAUAAAAAGACAGGUUGACGGGUUUUAAUUGAAUGAUGCUCAUAGAUAUAUUACUCAAAUGUAACAGCAUAAUUGUAUAACAUAUACGAGAACAACAAUUUUAAAAUGCAUAUAUAUAAAGAUAUGCAAUGUAACUUGUAUAAUUGCAUAUCAAUAGGGAUGGAAUGGUUGUGCAUUUAACAGUGAUCCAGUCACUUUUAAAAGAUCUUUAUAAUUACUGUUAUUGAAAGAAUAUAGUUACACAUAAAUAUUUUACCUGCAGGAUAAGAUGUAAUGCAAUAUGCAAUGUGUCUAGAAAUGAGCAUAAAUAAAUAUUUUGCACAUUUA